ACAAAACAAGUCAGGAGGGAAGGGCCGGAUAGGAACACAAAGGAGGCAGCAGAGGUGGGGACUCAGAGCUGCUUUUUCAGCUCGCCACUAGUUGUCAAGCUCUCAUACGGCAGGGAUGGGUGAUCCAGCAAACCUGGUAGAGUCCAUCACACCGCCUGUUGUCACAGCGAUUCCUGCAGGGGAAAUGCAAGAUGCAGGUAAAAGCCUGUUAUCCAGUAAAAACGGGAAGAAGCCGGACUCUGGCUCCAGCAGCAGCAGCAGCAGUUUCUUCACCUGGUUCAUCGUGCUGGCCCUGCUUGGUGUCUGGACUUCUGUGGCUGUGGUCUACUUUGACUUGGUCGACUAUCAAGGAGUUCUAGACAAGGCUAAGGGCAUACAGAUUAACCUGUCUGAAACCUUGCAAGGUAAACUGGCGGCGUACGACACUGAUGGAGAUGGUGACUUUGAUGUGGAGGACGCUAAGGUGCUUCUAGAUGAUAAACCUGCAGAAAGGCCAUGCAGAGGAGUUAAUAAAGAAUCCCCUUCACCCAGAGAUGUUGGCUUGAAGCUUCGGGAGGCUCUGAAGCAGCAGCUGGCAAUCAUCCAUGAACGUGUGGAGGCCAAGAAGAUGGCUAAGCUGGCUCUGGCUGAAGUCAGGCAGCUGCUGGCUAAAGAAGAGGAGGAAAAGGAGCUGGACCUGGGCAGGAAGGAAAUAACUGCCAGGGUGAAGGAGAGAGUGGCCAGCAGACUAAAGGAGGAGGAGGAAAAGCUGGAGAAAGAAGAGAUGGAAAAGGCUCUGGAAAAAGUGCAAAAGGAAAAGGCUAAGCAAAAGGAGGAAAAGGAAGAAGAGACCAAAGAUAAGGGAGGGGAGAAGAAAUCAAAGAAAAAAGAAAAAGUGCUGGGAAAUGAAGGAAAAAAUGAAGAAAAAGUGAAAUUGACUCUCAAAGAAAAAUGGAAGAAAAUUAGAGCUGAGAAAUCUGUUAAAGGAGGCAAAAAAUAAACUCGGAGCUCUGUUCAUUUUAUAAGAAAGGCAAUCCCAGUCACAGCCAUUUUUGAUUGGUGGGCUGGUAGUCAAUAUGUUAUAUUGAAUAGUCGUUACCUGUGUAAUAAAUACCAGAACCUCAAAAUGAUGGGACUAUAGCUCCUGAACUGUUUUACCUGUGAUUCCUGCUUUGUUUAAAUAUGACCCUUUAAAUGGAGGCAGUGCAGUCAGCUGAUCAUUGUAUGGAAACCAGUCCUUCCAUUUGCACUGUUGUGAUGAGUCUGAUGCAGCCUAUCAGAGCAAGGAGUCAUGAAAUCACACCUCAAUAACAUCUCAUAUUAUCUAUUUUUGCUCUUACUUUUUUGUGAAAUUAAAAAAUCUAAUUGCUCAAUAGAUUUUUAAGUGUCUGAGUGUAAAAUAUUAAUAUUCACAAAAGCUUUAGGUGAGAUCAGUGAGAAGGCUGAAGUGUUUCUGCUUGUAAUUGUGUCAACUCCUUCUACAGAAUUUCCCAGAAAAAUGGAUCAGACUGCCAAAAAUCAAGCCAUAAAUGAUGUUUUCACAGAAUUAAAAAGAAUUUUCUAUUAAAAAUGUCAUAAUUUUUAUGUUCUGAUUCUUAACAUUUACAGAAGCAUUAAUGUUGUAGCCUUUAAGGCUAAAAUUACUUAAAAUAAUAGAUGGAAAACAAACAAAAAAAAUAGUACCUUAAAUUAGGUACUGUUUCUCAUUAUCUAUGAUUCCUAACACACAGCACAUCAAAGCAAUAAUCAUACUUUUAAACUUGAUUUGGUUGUUUUCAAAAAGAAUUGACUAGACUGAAGAAUCGAAUGCACCUAGCUUGUAAGAUGGAAUAAAUUGAUUUUUCUUUUGCCAAUAAAGAUCGUUCACUGAUUUAAAACUCUUUUUUUAUAUUUUUUGUUUAGUUUUGUGUUCUUUGUGUCUUCACAAGUAAAUUAUGUAUCAGCAUUUGUUUGAUUUCAAUGAAGUUGGAAGACUUGAUGCCAUAGGAUAAUAGCGCUCCCACGCAGCCUUCCUGUGCAUUUAAUUCUGUUUCAUAUCCAUUCAGGAUUCAGCAGAACACUGAAUUCCACUGCAUCAGUCUCGGUAUACAUGCUCUAUUCAGAGCAGAAGUGCAUCAGAAACAACACACAUGCUUCAAACACAUUAUGGGACUUGAUGUUUCUCAAAUUCUAUUCCAUGUCCUCAUCUUUUGACUCGUGUAAAGCAUGUUUUUUAAAUCAUGUUUUACACAAUUGUCACAGGAAACUAUGUAACAGCAGCUUUAGGUCUUCACUGUUAACUUUACAAGUUUUUAAUUACAAUUCCAUUUUCUAUACACAGCUCUGUUGACAAUACUUUAGGGUAGCAUCUGUAGUUACACAUUUUAACACAAACAUGUUCGUGUGAAAUCCUGGAUUGUACUUAGCUAAGUUGGUUAACAGUGAAGAAAAUGGAAAAACAUAAUGCAGUUCAAAUCUACUGUAAACUGUAAA